GUGAAGUUACUUUACUUGUGCUACGUGACAUUCUGUACUGAGUAAGCAGGCAAGAAAUAAACAUGCUGAUUUGCUUUACUAAAUCACAAAACAGAUAACGCUGUGAUUUCUAUUGUAAUAACCAAAGACAAAGUGGAAAGUUCGGACGCAGCCUUUAUUCUGAGCCAGCGAUCCACAUGAUUUCGUAUUCACGUGCACGUUUUUUACGUAAAAUAUAGAAGCCAGAGGAAAUGUUAUCAUGGGACACAGGUGGAUACGCUGGCAAGGCUCGUGUUCUUUCUUUUGGUAGUGAAAGCAACUGUGUUCCCUGCCCACAUUUUCUCUGCCCAAGCAGAGCUCUUUUUAAAAAGCAACAGAUGAGCAUCUUUUUAGAUAGAAGUAUUCCUUAGCCAUACAACAAAAAUGUUGCACAUGUUUAACCAUGAGGGACUGAGGGAAAGAUCCUGAAAGACUCGCCAGUGUCCAGUCCCUUGAUAGCCCCAAAAUAUGUGUUCAGCACAUCUAAUUGAGCAAGCUCCAGUGGCUCCCUUACUUUUGCCUUCUCUGCAAUGUGCAAGGCCCCUCUGGACCACUUACAGUAUAAUUAUUCCUUAGUUUAGAUGAGCUCUGUGGUAGAGUAUCACUUUAAAGCAGUUAACCUUGUUUCUAGUUACAUGCCUGCAAAAUUCUUAGGAAACUGUUCUGUGAGGUAAUCAGCUACUCUGGCAAUGGACUGAGAUUUAUGAUUCAAUAAAAAUAGCCCUAGGAAUAAAUUCUCCCUAAUUUGAGGUUGGAACUAUAAUGUGCUCCAACUUGUGGCUCAUGUGAGCUCAGAUUUCACCUGCCUCUGGGCCCAUUUCGGGAACGGACUUGGAACUGGAGGAGCUGCUCCAGCGUGCCUGGCACGGACGGAGCAGGUUGGUGGGAGCAGCACAGGGCGCCUGGCACUGUGGUUGGCAAAGGCACCGCAGCCCAGCUGAGCCCUUCCCCCUCGCCUUCCUCCCUGGGGCUGUGCUCUGGAGGGGUGUCACCUGGAUGGACCAGCAGCUUUCCUGGCUCUGGCCAGUGCAAAACGUGGGAAGCUGCCGCUGCUGCUCAGCCGCAUGAAUGAAGUUGGGAAGGUGUUUCUUGUCACAAACAGCGAUUAUAAAUACACAGAUAAAAUUAUGACUUACUUGUUCGACUUUCCACAUGGACCAAAGCCUGGGAGUGCCCAUCGGCCGUGGCAGUCCUACUUUGACCUGAUCUUGGUGGAUGCACGAAAACCCCUCUUCUUUGGGGAAGGCACCGUGUUGCGGCAGGUGGACACGGUGACCGGGAAGCUGAAGAUUGGUACCUACACUGGCCCGUUGCAGCAUGGCAUUGUGUACUCAGGAGGCUCUUCGGACACAGUCUGUGACCUGCUGGGGGCCAAAGGGAAGGAUAUCUUGUACAUUGGAGACCAUAUCUUUGGAGACAUCCUCAAAUCCAAGAAGCGCCAGGGCUGGAGGACCUUCCUGGUGAUCCCCGAGCUGGCGCAGGAGCUGCACGUCUGGACAGACAAAAGCGCCCUUUUUGAAGAGCUUCAGAGUCUGGACAUUUUCUUGGCCGAGCUAUACAAGCAUCUGGACAGUAGCAGCAAUGAACGCCCUGACAUCAGCUCCAUCCAGAGACGCAUUAAGAAAGUGACCCACGACAUGGACAUGUGCUACGGGAUGAUGGGGAGCCUCUUCCGCAGCGGCUCUCGGCAGACCCUGUUUGCCAGCCAGGUGAUGCGCUACGCUGAUCUCUAUGCAGCCUCCUUCAUCAACCUCCUCUACUACCCCUUCAGCUACCUCUUCAGAGCCGCCCACGUCCUGAUGCCACACGAGUCCACGGUAGAGCACACGCACGUCGACAUCAAUGAGAAGGAGUCGCCGAUGGCCACGCGCAAUCGCACCUCCGUGGAUUUUAAAGAUUCUGACUACAAGCGGCAUCAACUGACCCGCUCCAUCAGUGAGAUCAAACCGCCCAACCUCUUCCCCCAGGCACCUCAGGAAAUCACACAUUGCCAUGAUGAAGAUGAUGAUGAGGAAGAGGAAGAGGAAGAAGAAGAAGAGGAAGAGGAAGAGACAUAAGAAGGGAGAAGCAAAGCAUCUCUGAAGACAAACCGUGACUCUAGCAAUGAUCAGGAGCGGAUUCCUUUGUUGGGGCCCUUGGGGUGAUGGGUUGGGGGGGUGUGAUUCUUGCAAAGGCACAUUUUGAAAGUGUCUGGAAACUUUUAACAAAUUAACACUAAUUAGGAGGAGACCCUUGUUUUCAGUUUUGCAGACGGUUCAAAAAGCUGAUGGAUUCUGCCUGGGUGGUGCAUUCAGAUUGGACUGCCCGCCUGUGCUGUCAUGCUGCUCCCAUUACAUUUAGGGAUGCUGCAUGUUUCUCCCUUCCCUGUGAUGUGUUUCAUUUGAACGGUGUCCUGUGAACGGUUUUUGCCAUUUGUUAUCAUUCGCUGCAGAGAAGGAAGGGAUGUGCUGGGCCCGGCAGGAGGCAAAAUGAUCCAAAUCCUCCUGCCCGUUGGGCUGCUGCCCUUAACCCUCUGCUUCUGGGUUACAAACUCCCCCCUCCCCGUGUUAGCCAGGGUGUUGCUGUGGCUCCCAGCACUCAGUUUACCCUCUGCUUGGCGUGAGUUUCUCUGUGUAAGUGGUUCAGUUCCUCUGGCUGUCACGGAUGGCGGUGGGAUUCCAGCUCUUGCAUAUCUGCAGCUGUACACGUUCUGGCUUGUAGGCGCUUGUUAUCCUCUCCCAGUGUUUCAAAGCUCUCUUUCAUCAUCGGCAUGUGAUGCAUGAUUUCCAAUGCAUUUCUCAAAGAGCUGAGCCGCACACUGUGUUCUCAACUCCUGUAGUUUCAGCAGUAAAUAUUAACCCAGGAGCUUGAAGCUACUGCUUUAGCGUUACGUUAGUCGGUUUGUUUUCCUGCUGCCUAUUACUGACCUUUCUGUCUGCUCAGCUUUAGAAAGUGAAGCAUCCCAAAGACAAACCCAGCCACCAUCUGGAGUGAAAGGGCCACACGUGUCUGCCCUAAACUAGGGAACAGCACGUGCCACGGGGCCAGUCCCGUGGUGGGAGCCAGCAAACUCCCGUCUUAUCUUUGGCCUGGCGCGGGGCAAGCGGAGCCUCACCGCAGGCUGCGCUGGGCAAGGCUGCGUCCCCGGCCAGGGAGGGUGACGGCUGCAGGCUGCGGUGCAGGCACCCGGGGUGCCCCACGGGCGUGGGCAAGUGGUCUGGUGCCUGAAAGCCGGCCUGGGGAAGGUGUGGGGCCGGCGUGCA